CUGUCAGAGACCUUCAACACAGACAGAAGUGAUUCAUUCUCAUAAAUGAGAAAACCACCAAUUUUACUGUUGAAAGAGAUUUACUAUCCACUUCUCGCAGCUGCUUGUCUUCCAGCGAACAUGAUGACAGUUUUUAUUCUCUUACGAAGAAAUUGUGGCCUUUCCAAAUGCAUCUCAACUUACAUGGUGGCGAUGGCAACAGCGGAUCUAUUAGUCAUUAUCAACAGCAUUAUAGUAUAUCGUAUUUUGAGUUAUCACUUUCCAUUUUCCUUCCUGUCCCACACACCAGUGUGUAAGCUCACUGUAUAUAUGAUUACCGUGAGUCUCGAUUUAACCGUUUGGUUCACCGUUUCCUUCACAUUUGACAGAUUUGUGGUGAUCUGCUGCCAGAGGUUUAAAGCAAAAUAUUGCACCAAAAGAACUGCAACCACGGUAUUAACGGUCAUCUCAGUCUUGAUCUUGUUAAAGAAUAUACCAGUUUUGUUUGCGUAUGAGCCAGAGCAAAUCAUCAACAAUAUCCAGUGGGGCUGCCGAUCAAGUGCAAAUUUCUUAGUUCUUGUGGGAAUACCACACGUGAGAAUGCAGGGGCUCUUGGUUGAAGAAGGAUAUGAUUCCUGUGAGAGUUUGGGCACACUGGAACUCAGUACUCCAUUCAACUAUGAGGUCCCUUUGAAUGGAACUGGGCUGGGAGAGAGUGAACGACAUUACAAAUGUGGGUAUUGGCGUCCCCUAAAGGAAGGGAUUCCCUCUUAA